AUGACGAUAUGUUGUAUUACAACAAGCAGCGAAGAUGCCAUUUCGACGAGUAUUAUACAAAUUGAGAAUAAAUCCACUCAAGUUAGUUUAUUUUUCGUUUUAUUAAAAAAUUUCUAUGAAGUUCCAUAGUAUGAACCAGACCUGGGAAUUUUUACGUUUACGUUUUUUUCGUUUUACGGUUUUUACGGGAUUUCACCGUAAAAUCCAUUUUACGGUUUUACGGCUCAAAAAAUCGUAAAAUAAUUCGUUUAAAAAAAUCACUAAAUAUAGUGAAUUUUGACAGAAUCAAAUAGAAACUUCAAAAAAAAACACAACAUUUUUCAAAGAAAAUUUUGAUUUAAUCCUAACUGAUUAAUUUUUUGACGAAUAUGAAGAAUAAUAUUGUUAAAAAUGUGUUUGAGUUACGAUAAGUUACCAACUCGUUAUUUCUGAAUAAAUUUUUUCUGUUUUUCAGUGAAAAGAUUGAGUAACAAAAUUUUACGUUUUUCUCGUAAUUUUACGGUUUUUCAAAACCGUAAAAAGUAUGUUUUACGUUUUACGGUGCCUCGUAAAAAAUUCCCAGGUCUGGUAUGAACCAAAAAUUUUGUUCAAAUUAAAAUAUUCAAUAGAACAAUAAUUAGGCCAGGCCACGUUUUGAAAAACAAUCGAACUGCGAAAAUAACCAGAACUACAGUAUUCAAUUUUCUAAAUUCCCAUUUCUCAAAAAGUUCACACGAUCAAUCACCAUUUUAUUGCACUAACUACCUGAAAAUAAUUUGAAUAUAAAAUGUGUAGUAUAAAAAUACAUUUUUUUUGCUAUACUAAAUAUUUGUUUUUCGCUCAAAACUCCCUUCUUCCGCUCUUUUUUUAGUAAAUAAUUAGUGUAUAUUUGGGCAGAAGCAGUAAACAAGAAAAUCGGUGAGUUGUUCAGAUUUAUUCUGUGUGACCUGCAAUGAAAAACCAAAAAGUUCAGAAUAGACUAGGAAGGAAAAGUGCAAGUGUACUUUCGGGUGGUCGCACGUCCAAAGUGCAUACUUCUCUGAAAAGCUUAUGAAUCAUUGAAUUAUAGCUGACGCCGUGCACAUCGAGCCACAAUCUUGUCGAAAUUACAAAAACUCCUGAAAAAUCGGGAGAAAUUGAAGAAUUUUGGAAAUGUUGUUGGAUAACUUGUUCGGAACAAAGAAACAAUGUUGAUGCACUUUAUGAUCAUGUAAUUGAAGAACAUAUUCGACCAAUAUUAGAUGAAAAAAUGAAAGAUGAAGAUGAAAAUGAUGAGAUUAUUGGUUGUGAAUGGGAAGAUUGUGAGAUGGAAAUUGAAAGAGGAACAAUUAGAAAGAAAAUUGAAUGGCUUGAACAACAUUUUCGAACAAGACAUUCAAAAGGUGCAAGAACAUAUAAAUGUGUUAUUGAAGGAUGUGAUGAAAGAGCUUCGACAUCUCGACAAUUAGAAGAACAUGUUCGAGCUUGCCAUUUUGAAUCACCAAGAAAACAAAGACCAAGUAUGUUUUAUCGAGAAAUUGAGUUUAUCUGAAUUUUUAGAGUUUUUUUUUUGAAAAUCUGAGAAAAAUGUUUCAUGAACUCGGUUUUUUCCAUAUACAAUCUUCCACAGAAUCUUAAUCCUACCCCAAAAUUUUCAAAAAUUCGAAAAUUUUAUCGUUUUCCAGAAAAGCUGGCAUAGCUAAAAUAUGUCAAAAGGUGAUUUUUUGAGAAAUAGGUGUUUUCAUUUUCCAUAUAUUCUUUGUCUCAACUUAGAAAAUUGGUGUAAUUUCCUAUUAAAUUGAUGUAUAGAUUGGUUGAAAAAAGUUCAUGAAACAAUUUUUUUCAAGUUUAAGGCUUCCCGAGGGUGAAACGUAAUUUCUUAAUUCAAAAAUUAAUUGUGUAUUUUUCAGUGAGAAGAAGUGAAUCAACAUCCAGCAUCCCUCAAGAGAAAACACAUGCAUUUGUUUUGACUGAUAUGGUUCAUCAUUAUAUUGGUUAGUAAUAAUCGUCAUUCAAAAAUAUCUAAUUUUGUUAAUUUUAAUAUGUUUAGAUCGAAAACGAACUCCUCUUUGGACAGAUGUUGAAUCGAAUAAAAUGAUCGCAAGAAAUGUUCUGCAUUAUUAUGAUGGUUAUAAUGUGAAAUAUGAAAAAGUUGAUAAUUCAAAGUUAGUAGGAGCUGCAAAACGAAAAACUUCUUACGUUAAAAAUUGGAGAACACAUUAUAAAAUAACACCUGUUGAAAAAGAAUUGGACGUGGAAGAGGAAGAAGAUCCGAAUGCUCCAAAAUUCAAUAAUGAAGCUGAAAGCAAAAUGACAUUACGAGAUUUGUUUCCGAAUUUAUAUGAUAAUAAUGAACCGAUGAAUCAGAACAAUAAUGAAGAAAUCAAAGAAUUAAUAAUAGAGACAGCAAAAAGAGAAGAUGCAUAUGAAGAUGAUGAUGAUGACCCACCUCCACCUGCUAUUUCACCUUCACCGGAAUAUUCUGGAAUGUAUUCUGAAAAUGAAGAUGAAGAGAUUAUGAGUGAAAUGCCCUUAUUAAAAAGAUGUGAUUCGCCUGAAAUUAUUAUGGGAAAUAUAAGGCCUCCAAAAAUGACAAAACGAAAAGCUAUAGAAAUGAUUUGUAAUGAAGAACAACCACUCAAAAAAAGACAAAGAAGGUAUGUAUUCGAAAAUAUUUGCAGCUUAAUCAGUUUCUUUUUUCCAGAAAUCUUCCUUAUGGAGUUUUCGAAGAAGAUCAAUCAGAUAAUGAAGAUGAUUAUGGUUAUGAAAGAAUACCAGAAGAAAUUCUGAAACAACCUCCAAAUAUUUAUACAAAAUUGAACGUAUCAGAUAAUUGCAAAUAUUCAUCCGGAUUGCAACCAUUUUUCCGGAUUGUACAUUGA